AUGCAAAGCAUUACAGUAUGCCCGUCAUGCCGGCUCGCGACUCGGUCUCGCUUCCAGCGGCUCCUCGAUGAUCUCCAGAAUGGCCGGCGCAAAUUCCACUACAGCCGUCCGCGCAGAGAGGCUGCGCGACCACUGCGUGGUGCAGAGGCUGCGGGAUCCUCCUGGUACUGGCAGACCACCCCGCCGACGCGACAGAAUCUGGCCGCGGCAGAACAUUUCUUCCGACACAACACGCCGACACGGAUCUGGACGGGCGAAGGAUGGCGGAACCGACAGAGUGAAGCGCAGGAACUGCCCGAAGUCAUCUUUCUCGGAAGGUCGAACGUGGGCAAGUCCUCGGUGACCAACGCGCUCACAUUGACCGACAUCAACCGCGUGAGCUCGGUUCCCGGCGCAACAAAGGCGAUGGCCGCAUGGACAUUGGCUGCGAAAACUGCCACCGGAGGAGCCGUCAAGGGAUGGGAUGGAGACGUCAACCCGAAACUCACACUGGUCGAUAUGCCUGGCUACGGCCAUGGGAGUCAGACGGAAUGGGGCGCCGCGAUUGUCGAGUACAUGGAAAGAAGGAGGAACAUACGGAGAGCCUUUGUGCUCAUCGACGUGUUGCAUGGGGUGAUGCCACGGGAUGUGGAUAUUCUCAAGAUGCUUAGAUCCCUGGCGAUUCCAUACCAGAUCGUCGCCACCAAAUGCGACCGGUUCGCAUCGAGUGAAGCCCAAGGCGAAGCGCGUGCCGCGUUGGAGAAGAUCCGCGCGCAAGCGGAGCUGGAUGCCGACGACAGUCUGGCGCUGGGCGAGAUCAUUGCAACUGGGUUUCUGAACACCAUGGCCGCUAACGGGAAGGGGGCUACCGCCAGGCUGGCCCUGGGAAAAGGCGCCUUCGGCGUCUCAAAUUUACAAUGGGCAGUGCUGCGGGCUGCUGGUCUUGACACGUAUGCCAUGCAGAAAGCAGAAUCUCAUGGCGUGUUGAAGAAGCUGCGGGCAGAGGAGAGACUUCUGCCUUUACUCGAAGGUGUGAAGCAGGACGAUGCUACCAAGUACCAAAGCGAGCCUUCCAGUCAAGAAGCCCCUGGCCACGAAGACGUUCAGACGAACAGUGCACAAAGGUCCUCUGCUCAACCAGCAUCGACUUCGAUGACUUCAGAAACCGGUGUUAGCGUAGAAGACUUUCUGCGCGAAAUCCUGGGCUCGUCUUCUACCGAAUCUCCACACAAGGGAGGUCAGGACCAUCCCCAUGGGCGUCGCCAGAGCCCACAGCAACAGCAAAAGCAACAGCACCAAACCGGAGCUCGAAUCUUCGAUCCCCUCUCCACGGAUGAAACCGCUAAACCACGCUCGAGCCGAAGUCCAAACCAAACGCUCAGCCAAUGGCUAGAAGACGCUACGGACAGAAGCGCGUCAGCAGAGACCGCACGAAGACCACAUACCAAUAAUUCUACCAACGGUAACAGCAACAACAACUACGGCCAGCCUCGAAAUUCAGGCGUAGCAUAUCAUGAUCAGCAUCGAUCGUCGUCCUCAACCGCCGACUCGACUCCCCGACACCAAAGACAACCGCAGAUUUCAUCGUCCCACGCUGAAGCUCAAAGUCAGUCGGCGACCUUCGGCAAAGGCGUCACACGCGGCAUGGAGGCCCUUGAAGCUAUGGGUGGCCUCGACCCACGAUCCAAAGCAAGAUCGAGAUCUAGCUCUGCUAUGUCGUCCUCCAGCAGAUCCCGAUCCUCAAAGUCAAGGUCGAAAAGUGGCGGCGGCAGAAAUCACAGUCGUGGCACUGAUGGUCAAUCUGCGUUUGCCUCUUCUGCUCCCACGGCAGCAGUCGGCAAAGGAGUGACUCGUGGCAUGGACGCUCUUGAAGCCAUGAUGGCCGGAAAUGGGAGCGACGGUCGUAUUCCACGAAGUCGACGUCGAAAGUAA